GCGGUUCUCCAUUUGCUUUCCACCAUCAUGUCGCUCGAUUCUGAAUCUCAGCAACGAAUCCCCCCACAGCUCUACGACAAUCUGGAACGCCUCGAUGCGGAGGACGCGCGCGUAUGGGAAGCGAGCCCGUUGCCCGGUAUCGCCCAGCCUGCAGACGAUCUGAUGGAAUAUUGGCGGCAGGCUCGCGACGGCAGCCGCUCUCAAGAGCUGUACAGUGACCUGAAGGAUUAUCGGACGUUCGUGCCGUGUCCUUUGGACCCGUUCGAUGGACUGCAAGCCGUUCUUAUACGAAGAGAGUACGAAGCCGCUUGGAGCAAUCUGGAGGAGGCUUUCGUUGCUGGGAAACAAAACUUCAUAACGAAGGAGGGACCUUUGCGUUACGCUGGUCAUCCGACUCCUGCGGCUCGUGCUCCGUUCAACUACGCGUUCACCCUCACAGGUUAUCCGGGCAUCGGUACGUCUACAUUCCCCUGCCGUACAGCAUCUCGGCUGAGCGCACCGUAUAGGAAAGACCAUACAAUUCCCGACAAAAUCCUCAUCUUCAACUCUAAGGGCGUGUAUGCGAUACCAUCCACGGUCGAACCGGCCGAACUCGCGCAAGGGCUUCCUCGGACAACUUGGUGUCUUGUCGACUCGAACACUGCCCUUGAAAGCGUGCCCCACCAUAUCCUGAUCCUCGAUCUGUUUCUCAUUCAGGCCACAUCUCCACAAAGCAACAGAACUUCGUGGUCAACAAAGCGGGAGACCAUGUUUGAUUUCUACAUCAUCGAUCCCAUGCCUCUCGACGAGGCGCAAUUGGUAUAUUCCUUACAGCGCGACGCGGUGCUAUCGCAGGCAACCGAUCGCAUCAUACAAGCAUAUUACGACCGAUAUGGGCCCUCUAUGCGCCUCGCUCGCGCCGCCGGCGCAGAGGAAAUCGAGGAUUGGGACAAAUUUCCAGCCGAGCGACUCACAGAGGCUCUCGCGGACCUCACUCUGCCGCAGCUUGAGAAGCUCGCGAAGCACGCAUCGCUCUUGCGCAUGGAUGACAAAGUCUCAUCGGCCAUCCUCUUGAUUCGUCCCGGAGUCACGCGCGACGUGGUGCAAGUUGACUUCGUCUCCACACAUGUCCUCCUUCGUUGCUCGAAUAGUCUGUCGCUAUCUCGGUUUGAUCUCCUGCGACACUUCUACCGCCUCUUCGCCUCGAGUCCGCAAGCCAAAGCUGUAGCUGGCAAUUUGUUGGAAGCGCACAUGGAUCAUCUACUGCCCAUGUCCUAUUCGUGGUCGGUCACGAAAAGGGGGGACUCUGCCGGCAAGCCUGACGAUAGUACUAAAUAUCGAAUGGUCGUCUAUGGGGGCUCGACUGAUACCCUCCGUAUUGAGCUGGAUGAUGGCAGCACGCAGGUCCCAUCCAACGAGGUGCUUGAGUAUAACUCAGGAGAGAGCAUCAAAUUGGAAGGGAAGUACUACAUGCCAAAAGCGCGGAACGAGCUCACAAUAGACUCAUUCAUCUACAAUCCUACAACAAACACCAUCACCGCCUUCCAGAUCACUGUCUCAGAGCAGCACUUAGUCGACAUAGAAUAUUUUCUAUGGCUGAAGACGCUUCGUGGCUCGAGUGCAGAUGCACCAGCUAUCGACCUUGUCAUCAUUUCCUCUGACCCAACCGUUAGACUUCCUCACAAAGACACCGCGACGAGCGUCAUACGGAGUAUGUAUGAUUUAUACCUUGAUGACCUCCCUGCACCAUGCGACGAUCGAGUAGGAUGAGUCAUGCAGGGCUGCCAGUGAGCAUGCAAGCACUGUAGUAUCCCUAGAUUGUUGUGAACUGAUACUUAUAUUGUGUUUGCGACCACUGAUUGUAAUAUAUUCAUAAGCCCACGACCGGAGAGACGGCGGACGCAUGCACCUUCCCGAGUUCGCCUCGCC